GUUUUGUUGUGCGACUGCGGCUGCUGCGGGCUUCCGCCUUGGCACAAUGGACGGAGAGCAGUAACCGAAGGAAGGACAGGAGCCGGCAAGCGGGCGGGGCAAGGGGCGAGAAGGCACGACCGGCGAGAGCCUUUGGCCCGAAGAAGAGCUGCUGUUAUUCCCGUCGAAGGAAAGAGUAAACAGUUAUUACAAUGGGCGAUGCUGCAAAAUCUUGCUAUACGAGACGUAAUAAGGACUGGGGACUUACAAAUGAGGAGGAUUUCCAGAAAUGUGCUUCACGUCAAGUGAUGGACGAUUGUGGAAAUGGACACAGUAGCAAAGUGGACACCAGAUUUGAAAAAAGAAAGGGAACAUCAAGUGAUUAUGGAACAAGUCCUAGAAAGGGAGCACAUGCUGCUUUGAAUAGUCCAAAUUCUUCAAAAAACAUUGUUUACAAUCAAGGGGCAAGAAUAAAUGAUUCUUCAAAAGACCAAAUUAAGAAAUGGGUGUCUGACAACCAUCAAGCUAAUUCCAGCAGUUGGAGAGAAUUCAAAUCCACAGCCCGGAUACCUGUGAUUAUCAGACCACGGAAAGAGUUUCCUCAUGAAUGUGAGAGUUUUGGAGGCAGAAGUGGAAGAAGGCAGCUCUUUAGAGACCUCACAAGUGAAGAUUUAUCUGAUAGAAAAGGAAAUUCUGAAAUGAAGAAACAUAGGAAACCAAGGAGAUCAAGAAGAAUAAAAAAAGAAGACAAUGAUCAGGAUGAUGAACUGGAUGGCCCUGUUAUAGAUGAGUCUUUACUGACAGCAGAAGAAUUACUGGGGUUGCAGCAGGCUGAAGAACGACUUAAGGGAGACUACAUUUAUAGACUGAGGAAGCGACCUCGAAGCAACCCAACAGCUAAAUAUACUUGCAGGUUAUGUGACGUAUUGAUUGAGUCAGUGGCAUUUGCUCAUAAGCAUAUCAAGGAAAAAAGACACAAGAAAAACAUAAAGGAAAAACAAGAACAAGAACUGCUGAAUGCACUUCCUUCACCAACAGUUUUGCAAAUUGAAGCUAUUGGUAUAGCCGUUCAAAAAGUAGUAGAAGAGUUUGGAUUAAAUAAUGAAGAUGUAGAACAAAGGCUUGGAAUCAAAACUACUAUGGAGAAUGUAUUUCAACCAAAACUGCCAGAUUGUUCUCUAAGGUUGUAUGGUUCUUCCUGGAGCAGAUUUGGCUUUAAAAAUUCUGAUAUAAAUCUCGAUAUCCAGUUUCCAUCCAGUAUGUCCCAACCAGAUGUUCUCUUACUUGGACAAGAAAGCUUGAAGAGCAGUGAAUCUUUUAUUGAUGUUGAUGCAGAUUUCCAUGCUAAAGUGCCUGUGGUGGUGUGCAAAGAAAAACAAAGUGGCCUUGUUUGCAGAGUAAGUGCAGGAAAUGAUAAUGCUUGUCUGACGACCAAUCACUUGGCUAUGCUUGGAAGAUUAGAGCCUCAUCUUGUGUCCUUGGUCAUUGCUUUCAGACACUGGGCCAAGCUAUGUUGUAUAGAUCAUCCUGAAGAAGGUGGUUUACCAUCUUAUGUAUUUGCUCUAAUGGUUAUUUUCUUUCUGCAACAAAGGAAGGAACCUUUUCUGCCUGUCUAUUUAGGUUCAUGGAUUGGAGGAUUUUCAUUAAACAAAUUAGUGAAUUUUAAUCUUAAAAAAGUUGAAAAUAAUACUGUGGUCUGGGAAUACAGCCCUGGUAUUGAUCCCAGUUCUUCAAAGGAAUCUUCUCCUAAAAGGGGAAAGGUUCCUUUAGUAUUUGAUUCAGAUCAACAGUGUUCAGUUCCAAUUGGACAGCUAUGGGUUGAACUGCUUCGUUUUUAUGCCUUGGAGUUUAAUCUGUCUGACUUGGUGAUAAGCAUACGGCUCAAAGAAAAACUAGCUCGUGAAUCCAAGGACUGGCCUAAAAAAAGAAUUGCUGUGGAAGAUCCUUAUUCCGUAAAGAGGAAUGUGGCAAGAACUCUUAAUAGUCAGUUAGUAUAUGAGUAUAUACUUCAUUGUUUACGGUCAACUUACAAGUAUUUUGCCUUGCCUCAUAAACAGAAUGCAAAAAACAACCAAAUACAAUCUCUAGAGGGCUCAAUACCUCUAGAACCUGAGAAGAAUGCCUUUAAGCAAACAGUCCCUGAUAUAAAAAAUGACCAUAAUGAAAUGGAGAAUACUGUAAUAGACAGCUGUAUAACUUCUACCAAGAAAAGUUCAUAUUUUCCUGAAGAACAUAUGUGUGAGCCUUCUCAGGUAUUUAUUGAUGAAAACUUUGUGGAAGAACAGUUGGCAGAUGGUGAACAUUUAGGAAUGUCUUAUGAGGACUCAGAUUGCAUAAUUGAAGAAUUCAUUUCGGGUGACAAUGAGGAAUUUAAACCAAGCUGUGAAGAGACUGAGAGUGGAAAUGAAGAGGAGGAAGAGGGGCAUGUACAGGAACAUUUGGAUAGUAACCAAGACAGUGAAAGUGGAGAUCUUGCUAUUCGAAUUAGUGAGCAUGAUGUUGAAACAGACAGCAUUUCUGAUUUGGAAAAUUUUCAAAAUGUAAUAACUGUCCUUGAGGAGUUUGGUUUAGAAGACAGUGGUAUUCCAAAUGAUAAACUUGACAUUAAUGAAGUGAGCACAGAAGGUACUGAUGAACUGGAUGAUUCCCUGUUCAAACUGGAACCGCCAACUCAGGAACAAGUAUCUGAAAUGGAUAACUCGGAAGAAGAUGAGGAGGAAGAAACAGAGGAAGAAGACGAAGAGCAUAGUAUUAAAAACCAAGGGCAACAUGAGAACAUAAUCAAUACCGAAGAUGAGCUGGACAAUACAUACACUGGAUCUGGUGUUGAAGAACCUCUUUCCGAAGAGGAAUUGCUUAUUGCUCAUGGGGACAUUGCGCUAAAGAAGAGAGUAGAUGAAUUUUCAAGUGUAGAUUUGAACAAAGAAGAUGAUCCUGAAAAAGAAGUUCUUACUGAAAGCGACAAGCCAGUAGACCAGAGUAAUAAGCUUGAAUUCUUCUAUGAAUUUAAUAAAGCUGCUUUCACAAAAGGCAAGACUCCUACAGUUGUAUGCAGUUUAUGUAAGCGAGAAGGUCAUCUAAAGAGGGACUGUCCAGAAGACUUUAAAAAAAUUGAACUGGAUCCUUUGCCACCAUUAACGUCCAAGUUUUCUAGUAUUCUGGAUCAAGUGUGCAUUCAAUGUUACAAAGAUUUUGCUCCAAAUGUUAUAGAAGACCAGGCUCGGGAAUAUAUAAGACAAAAUCUUGAAGGUUUCAUCCGACAAGAAUUUCCAGGCACAAAAUUAAACUUGUUUGGGUCUUCAAAGAAUGGAUUUGGCUUCAAGCAAAGCGAUCUUGAUAUUUGUAUGACAAUUGAUGGUCUGGAAACUGCUGAGGGACUUGAUUGUAUAAGAAUUAUUAAAGAACUUGCAAGAGUGUUGAAGAAACAUUCAGGUUUAAGAAAUAUCUUACCCAUAACAACUGCUAAAGUGCCGAUUGUCAAGUUUUUUCAUAUCCGAAGUGGCCUUGAAGUAGACAUCAGUCUGUAUAACACAUUGGCUCUGCAUAACACAAGGCUCUUGUCUUGUUAUGCCACAAUUGAUCCCAGAGUAAAAUAUCUUUGCUACACAAUGAAAGUAUUUACAAAGAUGUGCGACAUUGGUGAUGCAUCCAGAGGGAGCUUAUCUUCCUAUGCAUAUACGCUAAUGGUGCUCUAUUUUCUUCAGCAGAGAAGUCCACCUGUUAUUCCAGUUCUUCAAGAGAUCUGUACAGAGCCAAAGAAACCUGAAAUUCUAGUUGAUGGCUGGAAUGUUUAUUUCUUUGACAGAAUAAAUGAACUGUCAGAUGUUUGGUCAGAUUUUGGUAAAAAUAAAGAAUCCAUUGGUGAAUUAUGGCUAGGACUUCUACGUUUUUAUACUGAGGAAUUUGAUUUUAAAGAGCAUGUUAUCUGCAUCCGAAGAAAAAAUUUGCUUACAACGUUCAAGAAACAGUGGACUUCGAAAUACAUAGUCAUUGAAGGUAUCUACUUUAUGAACAUUUUAUUGACAUUUUAACAUAUAAAUUUUGUUAUUGCAAGGGCUUUAUUGGGUGACUAGCUGCUAAGUGCAUAACAGUGUCUGGCACUGGAAUGAAUUAUACUACUAUUAUUCAUUGAAGAAAGAUAGCAAACUUAACAUUUUUCUGCAUGAUGCUUCUCUUGAUGUCCUUUCACUAUGGCCAUGGCUGACAGUCUACAAAGGAGCUGCUGGUCCACUGCCAUUUCUCUGUAUGUUACAUUAAACAAAGAGCACAGAGAAGAAAUGGUCUCUAACAAAAUAAGAUGGGAAUACAGCACACACCAGAAUUGUUUUGUAAUAUAGAAUGGUUUUGUAGAGUACUUUCUGUAGAUUCUAAACUGACCUUAUGGUCUCUGUUAUUCUUUCUGUGUCUCAUAAUGUACCUAGUGUUGUGCAGAACUCUCGAAAUCAUUUAGUUCUUUUGAAUGUUAUAGAUGAAAUCACGGGGAUAUGAUAUUGACCCUGCCAUCCUUUUUUGUAGCUUUAUCUGCAUAGCACUCUUCUUUCCAUCCAACCUUAUUCUGCGUUUCUGAGGGCAGAUCCUAAAGGACAUUUCACUGCUUUCUCCUCCUUGCACUGGAAUUUUCUUUUUACUCCCUGACUGUAUUGAAUUCUAGUUCUAAUGAAGUUUGCAUUGGUAAAAAGAUUGACUGAAUGUUAUGAUCCUCAACACUUCACUCAAGUUUUUUCGUUUAUAUAAUC